AUGUGGUUGACCGACGCCCAAAAAAUUGGUGUCGCACUGACAACAUUUGGCGCGUUGUUCAUGAUGCUGGGUGUUAUGUUGUUCUUCGAUGGCGCACUUCUAGCUCUCGGGAACAUUCUCUUCGUCUCUGGAUUGACCCUAAUCAUCGGUCCUCAAAAAACUUUCUAUUUCUUCGCUCGGAAGCAAAAGAUACGCGGAACGAUAUGCUUUCUUGGUGGAAUCUUGCUGGUGUUUUUGAAAUGGCCGUUCUUUGGAAUGAUAAUUGAGACAUUUGGAUUUUUGAACCUUUUCGGCGAUUUUUUCCCGGUCGUUGUUACUUUUCUUCGUCAGUUGCCUUUUAUUGGUACCUUGCUUUCCCUUCCUUACAUACGGACUGUCGUGGAUCGAAUAGCUGGUUCAAGGACCUCUGCAGUAUAG